CAUACACAUUCAAGUUUGGAUUUUGGACUGUAAACAUCUGCAUUGAAAAAGCUGUUUUAUUAUAAUAUUGGGGAAUCUUUUUAAAUUUGCAUAGAAAUUAGACAUCGAUUCAAUCACCAACACAAGGAAAAUGGUAUGCGUACAAAUAAUCAAUUGUCCUUCGAACCACAAAGGAAUUAGGUCUAAUUUUGGUGGCUUUGUGCGGUUUGUAGUUCGCGUCAUAAAUGUGUACUUUGAGAUUAAAUAUAAAUUUAUAUAGCAAUUGCAUUUCAAAACGUGUACUCGCAUUUUAUAUAUGUAAAUUUGCAUACUUUCUUAUUAAUAUUUUUGUUUUUAUGUUCAAAUCCGACUCUCCCUUGCUAAGAGAUGAAUUUUUAAUUUUAUUUUAUUUUUAUUUGAAAUUUUAGAUCAAAUUACAAUGUAGUUUGGUAUACUAUAAAUAAUAAGAAUGGGUAUGUUGACUGACGUGUUUACAAAACAAAACGUAAACUUUAGUAUUCGUUUUAAUCAUAGAUAGGUUUAAGGUUUUAAUGCACAAGAAUAACUGUUUGUACUGCUUAAUAUGGCAGUACAUGCUAUGGCCUCCCUGUUACAAACAGUUUGUAUAAGCAUGUUUACACAAAGCUCCAUUUUUGGCAUGACAAGAAUGGUACCCAUACCAAACUUACUCUUGCUUGGACAGGUAGACCUAGCACAUGUUAAUUUGGUACAGCUCGAGCCAGAAUUUGAGCGUUGCUUAACCAGGCCUAUAUAUUUAUUCCUUGACAAAUCAGCCUGAUUGGAAAGUUUGAAAAUUGUGCACCUGGGAUUUAGAAAAUUGAAUAGUAAAUAUACAGAUAGCAUCAAAAUUGCAAGCUUGAUAUCUCAGUUGCACAAUGGAAACUUUCCACACUGGUAAAUCAGCUCUUCCGGAGUCUAAUUACAUGCUCUAUAACUCAGCUGUAGAGCAAUUAACAGACCCAUAGCAACAAAAAAUUUAAUGGCAUAGACAGAUUUUCCAACUUAUUUUGCACCCCCUGAAUUUUCGGCCAGGUCAAUUUAAGUGUGUGACACUCUACAUAUAUUCUCAGAUCAACCAGACCCUCCAGUGGUUGGUAGGGUCACUCACUGCAAUGUUGAAUUGUUUUGGGAUCAAGAAAGGAAACACACUGAACCUGAUUCUGAAGGAAGAAUAAAGUAUUGUGUGCAAGAAGAGGAGGGGAACUCAAGACGAUAUCACAAUGUGUAUUGGUUAGUUAAGGUUCAAUACAUGAAUGAAUGAACAAAUGAAGGAAAAAAUUAAUUUAUCUAUCAAUGUUAAAUAUACUCUUAUCAGCAGGGCCACCAUUUUGCCCCAGGCCACCAGUUGAAAAGAUGCCCCCAAGUCAUGAAGGCCCUUAAAAUUUCUUGAUACAAGAUUGCUUAACUGAGAAUAUAAAUCCUUAGUGCCUCUGCACUAAUGCACAAUAUAUUGAAAAACACUGCUAAUUCUCAUGUUUAUGAUGUCAUAGGGUCCCCUUGGAAAAUUUUAUGAUGCCAUACUAGGACCACCUGGGAACAUUUGGCCCCAAACAUUCUGUUAAUCAUUCUGUUACUCAUCAAUCAUUAAUUAAACAAUCAUAUCCUCAAUAAUGACUUCCUUCAUCAGUAUCAAUUAUUGACCCAUCUUAUUUCCUGCACAUAUUUAAUUUAGUCUCUCAAUUAAUGAAACGAUCAAAUAUAUCUAUUUUUAGUGGUUAUGCAAAAACAUGUAUAUUAUAUGGAUUGAAGGAAAACACAACACAUAGAUACAGAGUUCAAAUCAACCUCCCUACCAUGUCUAGUCCUUGGAGUUCAGCGACGGAAGUUACAACUAUGAGUAAGAAAGGACUGGGGGGAGCCGGCUUGUCCCCCAACCCCAAAGUUGACCCCUCCAGUCAACUUUUAUGUUGCUUCCACCCCCCCUCUCCCCAAUGAAGGUCCCUUCUAUCUACAAGAAUCUAAAUAAUUCAUGAGGAAAAGACAAAGGAAAUCACUGCCGUGUCGAUGGUUUUAUAUCAAUGAUAAAAAAUUAUGUUCAUUUGCAUAAACUUUAGCUUUGAUUUUCUCGGCUUAGACAACGUUUAUAAUUUUUAAAAUUACUUCGCCAAUGAACUGUUUAGAUGGGUCGUUUUUUAAUUAGCCAUUUAAAACGCUCGCAGCCCGUGCCUUACCAGAUAUAAAACACUCGAGCUGCACUCUCUCUACAGUAUAUCAAUAUAAAAUUAUAUAGUUAGGAAGACUAGCGGAUGAAAUAUAUAAAACAUUGUUAAUUUAUUAUUGGGACGAACCCUAUGGCUGUGGUUUGCACACACGCAUAUACAGGCACACGUCAUAAGUUGGGAGUACACCACGAUGUUAAUCCCCGUGUUUACCCACAUAUGCAGAUAUUAAUGAACAAAGUUUAUGGAAGUUUAUGGGAAUGCUAAGCCUAAGGCAUAAAAAAUUUCUCUUGUUUCAGUCAUUCUAUUCUUAUUUGCGUAGGUUUCCCAUGUUCUGGAGCAGAACUUCACAGAGCAGUUUUAAACUGGGAUGUCGAAAAAAUAAAAACUAUCUUAGAGAACUAGUAGGUUAUAUUUCCUUCAUUGUUCACGUUCACCUCACAGCAUUGAAACCCCCGAGUAGGAGUACUUUUAACGAUGGCUGGAUCAAUAUUAAAGACCGAUGUCUGUUUGAACUGGAGCAAAUAAAAGUUACUUUGUCUGAUAAUUUGCAAUACACAUGUAAAAACAACUUGUAACAAACCUGCAGCAGACUUGAGCCAAAAUCUGUUUCAACAACUUGUUAUCAAGAUGCAGCUUAUGUGCGCACUGCGUGUACCCACCUUGUUGACAACGGCUUGUUGACAACGGCUUGUUGACAACUUGCUACAAGGUUGUUGACAGAACAGACUUGUUACAAGUUGUUCCAACAAGUUGUUAUCGUUCUGCAAUUCAACAACUUGUUAAAUAACAAGUUGCGAGUGCGCGUGAAACAUUGCAACUUAAUUUAUAAAACGACAACUUGUUGACAAGUUUGCUAUACAAGCCUAUUUACUAACACAUCUUGUUGACAAGAUGUGAAAUUUGACGUAUAUAGAUGGUAGUAUGAAAUAUAAUCUAUAGAUACAGGAUUUUAUAAAUCUCUCUUGUUCCCUUUUGGGAAGAAGAAUUCGCAAACUACCAUUUUUUUGUAGUGAAUCCCUGGUGGACGUUCCUGACAAAAUGGGCUGUUCUCCUCUCAUGGUGGCCGCGCAGAAAGGAUAUACAAGGUGGGGAUUCGGUUAUUCUAUACCGGAAAAUAAUGCCGACUACAAUCUACCAUUUUGAAAUAAUCGGUAAUGGACCCAUUGUGCUAACUUUAUUUUAGUAUUGUGGACAUCUUACUGAAUAAUGGUGCCGACGUGGCAUUCUCCAAUUCCAGCGGCAAAGAUAGGUACGAAAAUUGAAGACCUACUAUCGGAAAUAUUGCUAUAAAUACUAUUAAAUAGUAAAAAAAAACAACUUGUGGUUAAUAGGGAGGUCUAUAAAUAGUACAAAACACUCAAAUCAAGUAGCUCGGUUACCCUUUGAUUAGACAACCACUCCCUCAAUACAAAAUUACCUCGAUAAAUUAAUCACACCCUUACUCAAUUAUUCAAUCUUCAAUCAACAGUUAUUUUAUUUUUAUACAUUAUAGUAUGAUGAUGGCAUGUUUUACCGGCCAUAUCAAUGUAGCUAUAACAUUAAAAGAGCACGGCGCUUCACUCAGUGUGAGAGACCAAGGAGGUACUAUUAAUUAAUAUAUUUGCCAGUAGUUUUAUGAACAUGCCCCUUAUGGCCACCAAGCAGUUUUAACAUGGUUAAUGCGGUGCCCAAACGAAGCUAUAAAGCAUCGCUUUGUACGUAUUCUCAAACGGUCUGUGCCAGUGUAGGUACAACCCAGUGAACUCUAAUAAUAACUGGAAGGCUAAGUCAGGGGGGGAAGUUGAAGCCGUGCUUGAAGCUUUUUUUGUAGGUAGACCCAGUCCUUUUUACAUUUUUUUUUCAAAAUAUGCACAUUUUUCGAUCACAAAAAUCUUGCCCCAAAAUAUUAGUUAUACUACCAAAUUUAAUUUAUAUCAGUAGUAUUAUAAAUGAAUUUAAUAUUCGCAAAGCAAACAAAUCACGUAUUAGCAAAAAAAUACGAAAAAACACGGCCAUAAGCAUGAACGGUCAGAAAAACCGCGCGUUUUAGGCUGCUUUUUCUGAGUUUUUGGAAGUUUAAGAUAAAACUAAGACGUCAUACCUCAGGAAUUUUUUAUACCCAUGCAAAAUACAUCUGUAUGCGAAGUUUCAAGAAGAUUGAACGUUUUAAGGUCGAAAAAAAAAGCAUUUGAAAAUUGACAAAAAUAUUGCCAUAUUCAAAGUGCUCAUAGUGGCCAACAAGAUGCCGAUGACGAAAAUAACAUCACUUGAAAAACGCCAAUUUAUUUAUGUUUAAGAGCGACUAAAACAAGGUCUAAAAGCUCAGGAUCAAUAACAAUACCUGGGGUUUAGUACAACAUAAGUUUUGGGACUGUCAAAAUGUUUUAUAGUAUAUAUUUUUUAGUUGAACGGCGAGAUUUCCUUCGGCACAUCCAAACUUUCGUCAUUUUUUCAAAAUACAAAAGCAAAAUUCCUUACUUUUUGCUGCAGAGAGAUGUAAAACAGUCGGAACUAAUCGGAAACUUGGUUUAAAUCCCAAGUCAUUGUUGUAUUCCCAUGGGAAAAGUGUUUUUCUUGCACAUUUUUGCUCGAAAACAAACUUUUGACAGAAUUUUUUUCACUCCUCGAAACUCUCCUUAGUCCUUUUGAAAGCUGAUUUUCCCGCGCGCCGGCUUCAACGAAUCAUAGACUUUCAUCAUAGGAGUUAGCCUUCCAGUUAUUAUUAGAGUUCACUGGUACAACCUCGGUCCCAGGGUCUUUCUUGUCUUUCUUUCCUAAAGACCCUGGGACCGAGGUUGGUGUAGGUAGCGAUGAUGGCAAGAAAGCUUCGGAUUGAGACAGAUACAACUACUUGAAAAAUACAAGCAGAACGUAGACACUUCGAGCGAAGUCCCUCCGUCGGGAAAUUAGUAGCCAAACUAACUAGGUUAGUACGAAAAGCCUUCGCUCGAAACGUCGAAGUUCUUCUUGUAUUUUUCAGGUAGUUGUAUCCCUAUCAGGGCCCCGUUAUCAAUCCGUAGCUUUCUCAUCGCUUUUUAUUCGCGGAGUGAGUUUGUUAGUCUCUUAGUUUGUUUGGAAUCAUAAGCCUUGCUAUUUAUUCCAAAAGUAGUAUGUUUUCGCGCUUGUGGUGCACUUGUUUUGCGCAUGCUCUAGGGCGCACCGCAAUGUAGUACCAUGUCUGGUUUUUAUUAAGAAGUCGUCCGAAAUUUAGGAUUUCAUCUAUUCUGUAUAGGUUCAAACGCUCUUCAUUGGGCAGUGGAUGGCGGCAGAGCAAGUGCUGUAGAGUGGUUAUUGGGGAAUGGAGCUGAGGUUAGUCAAUCAAUGUAGUGUAGUAAUAUGCGAUUAAGGUGGCGAUUAAGUUUUUCAAAAAAUGAGACAUUUGUGAGUUAGAUCCAUAUUUGUGGACAAGUAUUACUUGUUGGAACAAAAAGCAUCUAAAACAACAUCUAAAGAGUUUGAAGGUUGUUUAGAGAUUGUUUUGCAGUGAGGUACUUUUUAUUUUUCGACAAAUAAUAAUUCUCCAAAAAUACGGAUCUAAAUCGUGAAUAUUCCAUUUUUUAAAGACUGUACUGAGCCACCUUAAGACGGAAUAAUAUAAAAGCUAUAUAAGUUUUAAUCAAGUUGAAAGAUAUAUUUAUCUACGCGUAUUCAGGUUGACGAAUUAGACACGGCUGAAUGGACACCACUGAUGCGAGUAGGUAUGUGCCAGGUUAUUGGCCUGUCAGAACCAAUUUUGUUCUUUUAUUGCGUACUUAUUGGAAACAAAUGAAGUGAAUGAAAUUAAAUGCAAUACUUUUGCUUGUGUAGCAACGUUAGAUGGAAAAGCAGAGGUGGCCAAAGUGUUGUUGGAUGGAGGGGCGAAUGUGAACACUCAUGAUAAACAAGGAAGGAGCGUUUUGAUGGUUAGAAAAUUUCAUCUGUAAAAUGCAAACUAAAGGAAACCUUCUUUUGGAAACACUUGAAAAAUUCUGAUGUUUUCUCCAAUAUUUCCCGUAGGCCGCUGCAUUGUCUGGUCGACUUGACCUUGUCCAGCUGUUGGUUGAAUAUGGCGCUAAUACCGAAGAACAAAACAUUGUAUGUAUUUUUUUCAUGUUUGACAGUAUUAUUAGUGCUGUUACAAGGUAAUGCCUAGUAUGAACAUUAUUGCUCUAAUUCAUCGUCGUUCAUUAAAAUGCCACAAACCAGGUAUGAUUUUCGGCAAAGUGUAGUAAGUAUUUGGGUUAUUCUGAGAAGAAUUGUAAUAAAUCAUUAAUAGUAAAUUCGAAUCUAUUCAUAUUUUAUAUAGCAUGGAAAUACAGCCUUGGAUUUUGCCGAGUCGUUUGGUCGAUAUGUAAGUGGACAGGUGAUACCUGUAAAAGCCUUUUAUAAAAUAACAUGUAUAUAACGCGUGCUCUGAUUGGUCGAAACCCGUAUUUGGAUCAGGCCAUCCAAACACGGAAAUUUAAAGUGAAAGUUUUUUAAAGUGAAAUGUUAACACGGAAAGUUUUUAUUUUAUAAAACAAUUACUUUAUGGUUUCCGUGUUUGGAUGGCCUUCGGCUCGUGUUUCGCGUUUUUCUUAACUCUCGCAACAUUCCCGCGUGUUUGGAUCAGGCCAUCCAAACACGGAAACCAUAAAGUAAUUGUAUAAUACUGUUGUUGGACAAAUUUUCCCCUAGAAAGUAGCCCACCUCCCACGCUGAAAUCUGUUUUCAACGAAAUAAUAUAUUUGGACUAUUUUUCAUUCUUAGGAGGUGAUCUCUUAUCUGCAAGCAGUCCAACCUCCAGAGCAAGAGAAACAACCACACAAAGCCCCUGAGGUUAACUAUGUAUGACAUAUGGGAAACUAUACUAACAUUAUUUUAAUAUAUAAACAUAGUUUUUAUUUAUUUUUAUAAGAAUAGUUUGUAAUUUGGUUUUAAAGAUUGUUUAAAGAUUGUUUUAAAGAGAGUUGAAGAUAAAAAAACUACGAUUGAAAUUGUUAAUGGGACUUUAAUAUGAUGGUGUUUAUCAAAUAAUAGAGAAGUUCAGAUUUGACUUUCACAGCCGCUACCCCACAGGUUUACUACGCAUUUGAUUGGUUAAUUGGGUAGAUUAAAUGCAUCUGAUUGGUUAAUGGUAACGGUAGUGGAAGUCAAAAUCUGAACCUCUCUAGUAUUGCAGCCUUAACAUAUAGAUCUCUCUACUUUAUGUCUAAAAAAAUAGUUGAGCACUCGCACGAAAUGUUGACCAGCGGCAGGUAAUUUGUUAGGUUGAAGAAUUGCAACUUGAAAAUUUAAAGGAAACCCUAACACGUAUGUUCCACUGUGUAUAGGUCCAACAACUGAUGUUUCACAGACAACUUUCCCUGAAUUUAAAACUAUGCUCAACUACGACACUAUGUUUAGGCACAGACUGAGCACAAAAAUAUUCACGUGGUCUGAAGGAAAUUUUUAUUUCAAUUUUGCUCACUUGAACAAAAAUAAUUUCCUAGAGGCCAGAUAAUUUGGGAAUCACCCUAAUUGCGAGAAGUGUUUGAAUAACUCUAUACAUUUGGUUUGUAAUUGUUCAGUAAUUCGGCGAUUUUUCCGCGCCAUCUUGGUUGGUUCCAUGAAAUGAUUCGACGCGGUAUUGGUUGAUUUUAAAACAUAUCAUAUUUUUUAAAUCAUCGUUAGUAUGUGAUCAGGUCAUUGCGCGCCAUAUUCUUUGAAUAUCCUAAUCAAUGAGGUAAAAGUAUUUCCUAUAUACAUUCCUUGUCUUACCGUAUCAAGCACAGUUUUGCGGUCAACUGUCACUGAACAAUUUUCUGUUCAUGUGUACUGCGCAAUCCAGUACAAUUUGUGAGACCAGUUAGACUUGCUUCAAGUCUCGCGCAAACGCAAAUCGUCCACUUCAGCCACUGUUGGACAAGUUGAUUUCACUACGCACUAUCGUGCAGCAGAUGGUGGUUAACUGGUUAUUUUUCAUAAUAUACUAUGUACAGUACUUAACUUGUUUUUGGCAGCAAGUAAAUAGAAUUGAGGUGCUUGUCCCUAUAUAAGUAUAAACUAGUUGAGUGCCAUCUGCCGCUCUGUAACACUUUCUGAAACCUAUCAGUAGUUACCACUCUCUUCACGCUGCAAACUGUUCCAUUUCUGUUGUGAUUUUCUCCAUAUUUUUCCAAGGUAUUAACAUAACAGUUCUAUAUGAUCUCAUCAGAUCGUCAUCGUCCCGCCAUUUUCCAGUCACGAGGACAUCACUUUGCUCUGUGACGUCAUAGUCAAACUGAGCCAAUGCUUUCU